AUGAACAAGAAGCAACUGGCGUCACAAGUGGCAAAUACACAUAUUCAGGCUUCACACAGAGAGAAGGAGAGUGAGCGGCAACAAUCGUUUAUCAAAGCAGCAUGCAACACUACAAAACCGGAAGUGGAAGAGGAAGAGCAAACGUCCGAGGUGAAGGUCACUCUGGGGGAGGGGUCGGCUAACCGACUGAGCGUGACGUACACAUUCUACUACGAGGUUAUCGGGCAAAUUGUGGCCUUGUAUAUUGAUGCUGUGCUAGACACCGUUUCACAAACGUAUACACAAGAAACGAGCGUUGUAUUUUUACAAGUCGGAGAGAACAUGAAUUCUAUGGCCAGUGGAAAUCCAGGCUAUCAGAUCGGUAGUCCGGUCGUUGCAGCUCGAGCGAAUAGCACAGAUUUAUCAUCGCUUGGCAAACAGGGAAGCACGGAUUCGGUUGUCGUGAUGGAACUCACCAGUACGGCAAAUUUUGAACCGGAACUGAUUAAUACAAACUGGCGUUACACUGGUGGUGUGUGGUAUGUGCCCGCUGGGGGAUCCUGCCUGCCCGAUGUCAAUGCGGAUGGACCAUUUUAUGAACCCGUGCGUUUUGGUGAGGAUACAUUCACGGGUUGUACUAUCAAUUUAUCAGCCUCGGACCUGUACGAUCCAAUAAGUCAGGUGACUGACUGGGCCACGCGAUGUGACAUGAUUCAAACACGGCUGUGGUAUGCCUUGUCUCACCCCUCAACUGUCUCCGGUAGACGUGGGCGUGUUCAAUUUUUCAGUCCACAACCCGACUACUUGGCAUCAUGGCCAGCUGCUCAAACCAAUCACAGCGGAGACUGGGUACAAUUGCAGAACCCGCUGACGGUUUCCGGUCCAACCAAACCCAAUGGACGUACUGGGUGA